UAAGUAAAUGUCAUAAACAUUUUAUUCUUAUGAAACAAAUAAAAUGUCCGAUUCAUCCGAAGACGAAGACCUUUCACGUUUUAAAGAAGCAGUUGACAUUUCUUUUUUAAAUAUAAUAAAUAAAACAUGGAUUGAAUUAAAAAACCAUAUUAAAAACGACAAACCUUCCGAUGUUCGGUACCUAGACGAAUCCGCACACUACAAUGAUGUAAAGGUACCGGAAGAGCUUCAAAAACGUGUCGGUAACAGAGUGUCUGCAAUAAUCAAUAAACAGCAGAAAUUUGUCGAUGUCCUUAGUGACAAUACGAGAAAAGAAAUAAUGGAUAGUUGUGUUAAAUUGUUCAACAACUCAGAACAAUUUUUAGCAUCCGUGGAUGCUGAAGACACAUACACAGCAUUACACAACAUUAGAUAUAAGAAAAUAAAGAAAGAAAUGAGAAAACAUGAUCUUUGUGAACAUCUGGAUCCAAGUGAAAGUGAUAAGUUCAAGAUGGCUGUGUUGAGCGGGGAGUAUGUGUUGUCAAAGGCAGAUACAAAGAUGUGGAAAUCUAGGCGGAAGGAGAAACUUUUCAGAUAUAGAUCCGACGGCAAAAGUAAUGUUGUAACAGCCAUUGAAUAAAAAUAUAAAACAAUUUAA